ACGGUAAGUUAAAUAAGAAACCGGCUCUGGUGUUAUACUUUCCACCGGUUACCAUCAAAUAUUGUUUUUCACGGGGCCUGGGUAUAUAUCCAUCGUGUGCGUCAGGGAUACAGAAUGAGCAAUCCUCUUUCAGUGUGAGUGAAACCCACCCGUAAAAUUUUCCACAGUCAUUACCCAUGAACACCGGCAAGUACAGGCUCUAUGCUGUGCGCAAGGGACGUAUUCCUGGAAUCUACACAAAUUGGGAGGACUGUAAAAAACAAGUUAAUGGCUUUCCAGAUGCAGAGUUUAAAGGUUUCCGCCUGCUGAGAGACGCCGAACAUUGGUUGGGAGUUGUUGAUCCAGCAUUGACACUACCCACACCUCCGGAGGUAGAUUCUGUAGUUCAUCCUCACACGGGACCGUUUGAGCAACCGGUCUCUUUAUCCAAACACUUCUACAACAUGCAUGUGGGCUCAGGAGUGGGUGAGUCAUCGCAGAAAGCAGUUGUUCCGUGUUCUCAGAUUCCAGAAGGUUUUGGUGCGACUGUUGGACCGAACAUUGUUCCGGAGAAUUGUAUUACUCAGUUUGCAGUGUUUGAGGACUUGGAGGUCUAUCUCAUUCGUCUCUGCUGCCAGCUGAGGCUUGAUUAUCCGGUGUUUAACCGGCGUGAAUUUUUCUCCGACAAUGGUGAGUUACUUCAUGGCUACUGGGUGACACUGCGAUCACAACAACGAGAUGUUAGCUGGAUCGUGGAGGGUGGUUUCUCAUCGGACGAGCAGACCGCAAGACAGGACGCCUCAUUCAAAAUGUUGGGUAAGGUGCUGUCUUUAGUGGGGAAGGAAAUUCACGACUACAACUAUAGGAUCGUUGCCGCCUUGAGAGUGCGGGUUGAGGAACUGGAAAGGCAACUACGAGUAUGUGUUCAACAGCGAAUCCGGGAUCUGGAACACGAGAACCGAAAGCUUAGGUCUGAUCUUCAGAAGUAUAACGACUUAUUCGAGACUUGAAUAGAGGGCUCACCUUGUUUGCAAUUAUCUACGCUUACAGUUUAGCAGCUUAUUGUUAAGUCCUUCUCCGUAACUGAUGUUUAUAUUUAGUAGUCAUUCCAGUUUACGUUUCCGUUCUGUUAACUGCAACGGUGACUCUUGUAAGUUGGAGAUAGGUAAUGUUGUUGUUGGGGUUUAGGGUUGGUUUCCAAUCAUUUUCAACGAGGGUUAAUGAACUACUUAUGCAAUUGUUCAGUUUAAUCAGAUAUUGUCGUCGGGUUUGUCACUUAA